UUGACAUUUUCUUUUUUGGUAAUAUGUGCAUUAAUGUGAAGCUACAUACUGACCUUGUGGGCUCUUCAAUUCUAUUUGGUCUCGAUAACGCAAGUUGUUCUUCUUGGAUAUUCUUGUUGUGUGUAUGUAGGGCCGCCACCGCCAGCAUCGGCAGGUGCAUCAAAAGAAAUCACCCAAAAAGACAGGGGUAUCCAUGCUUUCAGGGAAAAACAAUUAAGCUUGUAUUAUUAGUACUACCAAUUCUGAUUAGAAGUUUUUUUCACGCAUUGAAUGAAUAAUAUUUGAAAGAAGAAGACUUCCUUGACAUGUCGUUUUAACUAUUAAGCAAAUAUUCAUAAUUGUUAAAAAACUUUGGAGUAAAGGGAAAACCAGUUAUGGCGUAGAACAAGAUGUAGGAAUGGUUUGAAGAAAGGAAGCACAAGUGUAAAUACAAUGGAAUACGUAUAUAAAUGAUGGGUUUGUGAUUUCAUAAUUUUUCCGCCAUUUUCAGAGAGAAUACAGAACAGUUGUUGUUGUUUUUGCUACAGAUAGUAUAGCUUUAGCUUAGCAAAUCAGUGAAAACACCACUCUCCACCUUGUACUUCUCGUGAUUUGCAUUUCCCUUUCUCAACUUUUUGUGUGUUCUUCUUCUCUUUCUUCAUUCACUCCUCCACCUCUCUCUCUCGUGCCCUAACCCUAACUACUAUCUCCCUUUAUUAUCUUCUGCUUCAUAAACAAUAGCGUUGUUGAGUUUGUGUUCUGGGUUUCUCAUUGAUUAUCAUCCUUGAUUCGCUGUUUCCAACGGUCCUGAUACUUGUUCAGGACUGUGAUGCAUCAUUUUGGAAAUACUGAAAGAGUACUAGCUGGUUAUCAUUUUGCUGGAUAUAUGGCAUUCUGUCUGUACUUUGUGCACCUUUAUCUUCGAAAUGCUUCUUCAGAAAUAGGUUAGCGUGAAUUUGCAAAGUUGUUUUCCUUUUUUCUAGUUUUUGACGGAAUCCAACGGAGAUGGACACAUUCUCCAGCACCUGUGAAAUUGUUGAAUCAACUGAAGAAUUAGAUUUUAAUUCUAGUAUAGACGAGAAAGGAAAAAAAAAAUGUGUGCCAAAAUCUGGAAACAAGUACUCUAUAGAGGAUGAUAUUAAUCGUCUUUUUGAGUCCAUUGAUGUUAGAACUUCAGCUAGGGGUUUGGAUGCUUUAAGGAAGAGUGCUUUGAAGAGACCAAUUAGAGUUGGUUCAUCUCGACCAUCAGGGAUUGGAAUUUCAGAGCCUGUGAGUUUGAAGCAAGCUCUUAGAGGAUUAUGCAUUUCUCAGGCUGCAGAGAUGGCUGCUAUGAAGCGAUCGUCAAAACCAUCAAGUUCUUCAAGGUCCUCAGAAGCAGGAACUAUCAAGCGUUUGUACAGGGCUGUGGUAGUCGAGGCCAAUGAAUCUGGCCUUCCCCUGAAUGAAGGUAAAGGUAAUUUGGUUGAGAUCUCUCUUGUAUCAGAAAAUAUCACAUCAAAUUUUUCUGGGAAGAUGUCUGAAGCACCCAAAUCAGAGUCUUCAAACCAAUCUACUCACUCAUCUACCCCCUUAGAUAUGCUAAUGACAUCAAAGUCAGUGAUGAACAUAGUACCAUCGCUGGAACAGGUUGUUCCUUUUGUAACGGAGACUGAGAAGGAAAUAUCAAAGCCACAGCUUCAAAAGCAAGCUUCUAUAGAUUCUUCAUGUAUUGCUGUUGCCAGCAGGGAAGUGCGGGGGGUGGAAAAUGUAACUUCUGCCUCAAUUGAGAUUCCAGUCAACACUGCAGUGCCAGAUAAGGAGCUAAAAAGCAAGUUGAAUCUGGGAUCUUCUCUAUCUAGUUCCAGUGCUUGUAAUAUUAUGAACAAAUGUGUUAGCAAUAGCCCACGGCUAAUUAAGCCAGUCUUCCGGAACAAGAGCUUUAUGAAGAAAAAAGGAAAGCAGGAUUCAACUUCUGUGUCCAGCAGUUCUAAUCCACAUGAUGGAAGUGCUAAUAAUGAUCUGGGUUUUAGUACAAGUUGUCUGGGCAUCCAUACACACAACUCUGCUGCAGAAAGUGGAAGGAAAGAUGUGAAAGCUUCUCCAGCUUCCAGCAGUACUAAUAUGAGCAUUGAAGUUAGCUCAUAUGCUACAGAUACAAGUACAAGCAAACUAGGAUGUGGUUUGAAUAGUAAUAACAGAACUAGAGCUGUAGUGACAAAAAUGGAUGAGAGAUCAAGAUCAAGAGAAAAGGGUGAGUUCUCCCAAAGCUCAAAAAGUAGCAUUGGCGAGUACAGUAGUAGCACAAGCAUUAGUGAGGAUAGCACUCUUAGUGGAUCUAGUGGUGGUGGCAGUAGGCCUCACAUGUCCAAAGACUUGAGGUGGGAAGCCAUUCGCCAUGCUCAGAAACAGUAUGGAUGCUUGGGCUUAGGGCACUUUAAGUUUUUCAAGAAGCUGGGGUGUGGGGACAUUGGGACUGUUUAUCUUGCUGAGCUAACUGGUACGAGCUGCUUAUUUGCAUUAAAAGUGAUGGACAAUGACUUUUUGAUGGGUUGGAAGAAAAUGCCCAGGGCCCAAACUGAAAGAGAGAUACUUCAAAUGUUGGAUCAUCCAUUCCUUCCCACUCUCUUUUCUCAUUUCUCAACAGAAAAAUUAUCGUGCUUGGUUAUGGAGUAUUGUCCAGGUGGAGAUUUGCAUGUUUUACGGCAAAAGCAAUCCAGCAGAUGCUUCUCUGAACAAGCAACCAGGUUUUAUGUUGCUGAAGUCCUUCUUGCAUUGGAGUACUUACAUAUGCUUGGAGUUAUAUAUCGAGAUUUAAAACCAGAAAAUAUCCUGGUGAGAGAAGACGGGCACAUCAUGCUCUCAGAUUUUGAUUUGUCACUCAGAUGUGCUGUGAAUCCUGUGUUGCUUAAAUCAUCCUCUCCUGUUGUGGAACCCACUAAAAAAGCAUCAAGUCCCUGCACUGAAUCUAGCUGCAUUGACCCUUUUUGCCUCCAUCCAUCCUGGCAAGUCUCGUGCUUCACUCCUAGACUUCUGUCAGUUGCUGCUGCAAAAUCUCGUAAGAUAAAGUCAGACCUAGCUGCUCAGGUUAGUCCACUGCCACAGCUUGUAGUGGAACCAACCAGUGCCCGAUCAAACUCCUUUGUUGGAACACAUGAAUACUUGGCACCAGAAAUCAUUAAAGGAGAAGGUCAUGGGAGUGCUGUUGAUUGGUGGACGUUUGGAAUCUUUCUGUUUGAGCUAUUGUAUGGAAGGACCCCUUUCAAGGGAUCAGCAAAUGAUGAAACACUAUCAAAUGUGGUAUCACAGAGCCUUAGGUUCCCUGGUUACCCAGUCGUUAGCUUUCACGCAAGAGACUUGAUUAGAGGGCUACUAGUAAAAGAACCUGAUAACCGACUAGGAUCCAUGAAAGGCGCUGCAGAAAUUAAACAACACCCCUUUUUUGAAGGCCUUAAUUGGGCUCUCAUUCGCUGUGCAACACCCCCGGAGCUGCCUAAGUCAUGCCAUGCAACUAUUGUUUCGCAGGCCAUGGCUUCACAGAGAAAGGAGAAUAUGAAGUGUGAGGAGUUGCUGGUUGCAGAAGAGAAUGUGGAGUUCGACAUGUUUUAGCUCAAACUUGCACAAUAUGGUAGAGGCAGAGGAUUGCUUUUCAUUUUGGGAAGCUGAGAUUUGUCAUCCCUGUAACUGAUACAUAGCACAUAUAGUGUAAAGCCGCAAGUUAAUUGAGUAUUAUAUAAUAAUACGCUAGAGUAGUAGUAUGAGGUACAAAAAUUAAGUGUCCAUUCUGUUUUGUCUCAACCUUCAUGAUUUUUUGGGAAUUUAAAGCAUUUCUUAUACCAUACCAGGCUUUGAGCCCGUGAAUGUAAAAAUUAGUGUUGACGGA